CACAACCAGCAACGACCAAAUGGCAGCAAUGGGCACAUUAUCGGGGCAUAUAAUGAACCUUGCCGGCGACUUUCAUCUUCACCAAAUCGAAAAUCCCACAAUACCCGAAAGUGCACUGCACGCGCCCUCUUACCGCCUGGAGAAUCUCUUCCAAAUAUUCCACAACACAGCUCCCCGCCACACAAUCUCCCAAUAAAUUCAACCCAAACAUGACGUCACCCCCCACUCUCCUCGCUCUAACAUUGGCCGGUUGCACGUCACUCCCUCAGAUGCCGCGUUAGUCUACCACGCUCCCCGCCCGUGCUAUGAUACUUCCCCGGCACGACUCUUUUGAUGCUCCCACACGCUUCGUCAUUCCACCGCUACCUCACGAACCCCUCCCUCGCCGUACACCUGUAAGAUAAGGGGAGAGAGAGAGAGAGAGAGAGAGAGAGAGAGAGAGAGAGAGAGGGAAGAGAGAGAAACUGUGAGACUGUGAAACAUUUUAGAGAGAGAAAGUAGAGAGAGAGAGCGAAGAGAGAACGAGAUCUGAUAGGAGAGAAAGGCAAACGAAGCUCGAAGCUCUACCCCUUGUGGUUGUCGAUGUUGCAAGCCUAACACUCUCUAGCUGAGUUGCUGUGAGGAAGCCCUAAUUGGAGUUUUGUGUGUGAGAUUUGGGGAAAAAAUUAGGGUUUUGUUAAUAUCUGUUUUAUUUUGUCGGAUAGGGGAAAGAAACCCUAGGAUUUUGUGACUUUUGUGUGAGAUUUGGGGGGAAAAUUAGGGUUUUGUUAAUUUUUUGUUUUUGUUUUGGGCGGAUAGCGGAACAACCCCUAGGAAUCUUGGAUCUUUGUGAGAGGGAAAAACGGGAAUUAGGGUUGUGGGAGGUACAUGUAUGGCUUCAGGGCCUACAGUAGGAGAAGGUGAUGGAGCCAGAGAGAAACAGAGGUUCACGGAGAGCAAGGUCUAUACUCGAAAAGCUUUCAAAGGCCCCAAGAAGACAAACAUCAUCAACAACGCCAACACCGACGCCAACACAAAUACUGACUCAACCGCCACUGCCUUAGCUGCCCCCUCCGCCCCUGCCACCACCCCAACCACCACCAAGGACAACAACAUCAACGGGAAGGACAACAUCAUCAACAAGAACAAGGGCAGCAACAUCAACGAGAACGAGAAGGGCAUCAACGAGAACGAGAAAAACAGCAACAUCAACGUGAACGAGAGGGACAGCAACAACGUCGAGAACGAGAAGGACAGCAACAACGUCGAGAACGAGAAGGACAGCAACAACGUCGAGAAUCGGAAGGACACCACCAACCACGAGAACCAGAAGGACAGCAACAACGAUGAAAACAAGGACACCAAUAGUGAGAACAAGCAUAACGGGAAUAGUGAUGAGAAUGAUGAGAAUUCCACUCAGCCUCCGGCUCAGACUAUUCUGUCUGGGGAUGGGAAUUCCGCUCAGCAGCAGCAGCUCAUUUCACAGUCCGGUGCUGCUGCCUCUGAUGACUCCUCGAGCCUGAACCGGCAAGAACCCGUGGUGACAGCAGUAGAGGCAGUGGUAGAGGCAACUAUUGAGCGAGAAAGUCAGAAUUCACCUGCAGAGAAUGGGGUGGUCAAGCCGACUUCAGAUAGCCGAAUUAAACUUAAUUUUGCUUCAAGGUCGAAGCAGGACAAGCGGGAGCUACGAAGGAAGCUUGAGAGCGAGCUCGAUUUGGUGCGGAGUUUGGUGAAGAGGAUUGAGGCCAAACAGGGGCAGAUUGGUGGGGUUGGUCUCUCCCAUGUUUCAGUGAAUGAUGGGGCGAAUAGUGCAGGUGGAGGGCUGAGGCGGGUUCACUCUGAGGUUGCUUCUGUAGGUGUUCCUCGAGAGCCUACCAGGCCGUUGCAUCAGCUGAGUAUAUCCGUGUUGGAGAAUAGUCAGGGAAUGAGUGAUAUUGUGGAGAAAGAGAAGAGAACCCCCAAGGCGAACCAGUUCUAUCGUAAUUCUGAGUUUUUGCUGGCCAAGGAUAAGAUUCCACCUGCUGAGAGUAACAAGAAGUCGAAAUUGAAUGGGAAAAAACAUGGUGGAGCAGAAUUAGGGCAAGGGUUUGGUGGGAUGGGAAGCAAGUUUUUCAAGAGUUGCAGUUCUUUGCUUGAGAAAUUGAUGAAACACAAGCAUAGUUGGGUGUUUAAUGAACCUGUUGAUGCUGCGAAGCUUGGUUUGCACGAUUAUCAUAUCAUUAUCAAGCAUCCAAUGGACUUGGGUACCAUUAAGUCGAGGUUGAACAAGAAUUGGUACAAGUCUCCGAAAGAAUUUGCGGAGGAUGUGAGACUUACAUUUCACAAUGCCAUGACCUAUAACCCCCAAGGGCAGGAUGUUCAUGUCAUGGCAGAGCAGUUAUCCAGAAUAUUUGAGGACAGGUGGGCUAUCAUAGAGUCAGAUUACAAUCGUGAGAUGAGGUUUGGAUAUGAUUAUGGGGUUAAUCUUCCAACACCUACACCGAGAAAGGCACCUCUGCUGCCACCACCUCCUCUUGAUAUGCGAAGGAUUUUGGACAGGUCCGAGUCCAUUUCUCAUCACGCUGAUCCGAAGCCAAAACCCAUGACUAUUACUCCUAGGACCCCCGCUCCUAAGAAGCCUAAGGCUAAAGAUCCUCAUAAAAGAGAUAUGACUUAUGACGAAAAGCAAAAGCUUAGCACCCAACUCCAGAGUCUGCCUUCAGAGAAGCUGGAUGCCAUUAUACAGAUUAUAAAGAGGAGGAAUUCGUCACUCUUCCAGCAUGAUGAUGAAAUUGAAGUGGACAUAGAUAGCGUCGAUACCGAGACCCUGUGGGAGCUGGACAGGUUUGUAACCAACUACAAGAAGAGUUUGAGCAAACACAAGCGAAAAGCUGAAAUGCAAGCCAGAGCAGAAGCUGAGCAGAAUGUCCAGCAGCAGACCCAGGCCCCAGUUGCAGAAGAGGUUCCGAAACAACCUAAAACGGAUGAAAGGAUUGUUUCCUCUUCAACACCCAUUCAAGGGGAUAACCAGGGCGAUAAUAGGAGUAGGUCGAGUAGUUCAAGCAGCUCUAGCAGUGAUUCGGGAUCUUCCUCAAGUGACUCAGAUAGUGAUAGUUCGUCAGCAUCUGGAUCGGAUGCGGGAUCGCCUAGGACUUAACUAUUUUCUUUUGAGAUCUCUGAAAAUUAGGGUAGAUGGUGAUCGGAAGCUUUUUCGGACAAAUGUUCGAUUUGAAUCUGUGAUUGGUGUAUAGCAGAAAUUUUCUCCGAGGCCUCCAACCAUCCUGCUGCAAGUAUAGAAUGGGUUUCUCUCUGAUUUGAUUCCUCAAUGUGUAUGCGUCGGGGCUCCAUUGGUCUUGUCAGAAUUUGUAUAAUAUUGGUAGAAUGUGGUGAUAAAUUGAUAACAGUUGGUCUGUUUUCGAUAGCACAUGUACAUUGCUAAGUAGUGCGACCGCGACCGCGACCCAUCUAAAUUUCGACGACUUGUUUUUGGUUUGGUGCUGACAGAUUCAGGAUGCUUUGGUGACUACAAAAUUAGAUAGCCUGUAAUCCAACUUCAUUCAUAUGAAUUCUCUUGUAUUCCCAUGAGAUUGCUCUGUUUAGUAGAUUUGUAUGCACUUUUGCAGUUGUAGA